AUGACCAACUCAGGGCAUGUCCCAAUCCCCAGGCCCAAAGGGGUCCCGAUCCUGGGAAACCUGUUGGAAUUCGACUCUGACGUUCCCUUGAACCGGUUGCACGAGCUAGCAGAUAUACACGGCCAGAUAUUCCGCUUGGUCGUCGCCGGAAACUCCCUCGUGUUCAUUAGCUCCCAAGAACUAGCCAACGAGGUUUGCAACGAAGAGAGAUUCACAAAGUUCGUAGUUUCUGGUUUGAAAGAGCUACGAAAUGGAGUCAGAGACGGCUUGUUUACUGCCAACUACCCAGAGGAGGAGAACUGGGCUAUCGCACAUCGCAUUCUCGUUCCAGCUUUUGGGCCCCUCAUGAUUCGCUCUAUGUUCGAUGACAUGUACGAUAUUGGAACCCAGCUUGUCAUGAAAUGGGCGCGCCAGGGUUCCGAUGUUCCCAUUGUGGUCACGGACGACUUCACUCGCUUGACACUGGACACUGUUGGCCUCUGUUCUAUGGGAAUCCGUUUCAAUUCGUUCUACAGCGAAGACCUUCACCCGUUCAUCAAGGCUAUGGGUAACAUGCUGAAAGUGGCCGGCAACAGGUCCCGUCGACCCGGAUUGGUGAACAGCUUGCUCAGCAACAUACCCACCACUGAGGAUAAGAAGUUCUGGGUCGACAUCGAGUACAUGCGCAGUUUCUCGCAUGAGCUUCUGGCUGCGCGACGGAACCACCCCGUAGACAAACAGGACCUCAUGAAUGCUCUCGUUCUGGGCCGAGAUCCCCAAACCGGACAGGGUCUCAGCGAUGAGUCAAUUGUGAAUAACAUGCUCACAUUUUUGAUUGCUGGACACGAGACUACCUCCGGUGCCCUAUCGUUCCUGUUCUACUUCCUGCUCAAGACCCCGCGCGCGUACAAAAAAGUGCAAGAAGAAAUCGACACGGUUAUCGGACAGCGGAAGGUCAGGGUGGAGGACUUGCCCAAAUUAGCUUACGUCGAUGCCGCCUUGAAGGAAACCCUGCGCAUGAGAAGCACAGCACCCUUGAUGGCACUCCACGCCCAUCCGACCAAAAACGAAGAAGAUCCGGUCACACUUGGAGACGGAAAAUACGUUAUAGGGAAGAACGAACCUAUCGUCGUCGUACUGGGCAAGCUGCAUAUGGACCCCAAGGUGUAUGGCGCAGAUGCGGAGGAGUUCAGACCGGAGAGAAUGCUCGACGGAGGAUUCGAAAGUCUACCGAAGAAUGCAUGGAAGCCCUUCGGAAACGGACUCCGGGCUUGCACCGGUCGCCCAUUUGCAUGGCAGGAAAUGCUGCUCGUGGUGGCCUUGCUGUUCCAGAAUUUCAAUUUCCAGAUGGAAGAUCCGAACUAUGAGCUGCGGAUGACGCAAAUGCUCACGAUCAAGCCCAGGGAUUUUUACAUGGGAGCUACUUUGCGCAGUGGCUUAGAUGCUACUAAGCUGGCUAUGUCCUUGAGUGGUAGUGGUGAUGUGACUACUGAAAGAUCCGUGGCAGUCGUCGACAGCCGUGCAAACAAGUCUGUGUUUGGAAGUACCAGGACCAGACCAAUGCACAUAUUUUUCGGCAGCAAUACUGGAACAUGCGAGGCAUUUUCUCGAAGAUUAACCAACGACGCUGUCAGAUAUGGCUUCUCUGCGGAGGUCAAGCCCCUGGACUCGGCGAUGCAGAAGGUUCCCCGCGACGGCCCUGUCGUGUUCAUAACAGCCUCGUAUGAGGGACAGCCUCCGGACAAUGCUGCACAUUUUUUUCACUGGCUCAAUGGUUUGGAAGGAAAUGAGCUAGAAGGCACCAAAUUUGCCGUGUUUGGCUGUGGUCAUCAUGAUUGGCAGUCUACUUUUCACCGUGUUCCAAAGGCUGCCGACACUCUGAUUGCUCGGCAUGGUGGAACUCGAUUAUGUGACCUUGGACUCGCGGACGCAGCAGACGCAGAUAUGUUUAGUAGUUUCGAUAGCUGGGCCGAGUCUGACCUUUGGCCUGCCAUCGCGUCGAGUCUCGGCGAGCUCAUGAGUAGAGAAGGUCAAAAGUCGGCCCUGCAGGUCAGAGUUAGCUCAGGUGUACGACCUUCGACUCUAGGCCUUCAAUUGCAGGAAGGGACCGUCCUUGAGAAUCAGCUUCUCACAGCACCGGGAGUCCCAGAAAAGAGAAUGAUUCGAUUCAAGCUACCCUCAGACAUGGCUUACCGCUGUGGCGACUAUCUUGCCGUGCUCCCCAUUAAUCCCGCCAAUGUUGUCCGCCGCGCGAUUCGUCACUUUGGCCUCUCGUGGGAUACCACGCUCACGUUGGCUUCCAAUGGCACUGCCAGUAUUCCCUUGGGGACACCUAUGUCGGCGUUUGACCUGUUUUCGACAUACGUCGAGCUCUCCCAGCCAGCAUCCAAGCGGGACCUGAAUAUCUUGGCCGAUGCAGCCCAUGGAGAUGCGAGCACGCAGGCGCAACUGAGGGAUUUUGCGUCCGAUCCCACCACGUUCGCGGAAGAGAUUGUGAAGAAACGAGUGAGCCCACUAGAUAUUCUCACUCGUUAUCCUUCCAUCAAAAUUCCCCUCGAAGAGUUUUUGAUCAUGCUUCCACCAAUGCGUGUGCGCCAAUACUCCAUUUCGUCUUCGCCUCUGCCAAAUGCAUCCGAGUGCACCAUCACAUUCUCUGUGAUUAACACCGCACCCACCGCAUCCGCCCCUCAAGAUCACCAGGGAGUUGCAUCCAACUACCUUUCCGAGCUGAGACCCGGCGAACGCGCUCAAAUCGACGUUCGUCCAUGUCAUUCGGGCUUCCGGCCUCCCCUGGACCUAGAGACACCCAUGAUCAUGAUAUGCGCAGGAAGCGGUCUUGCUCCCUUCCGCGGCUUCAUCAUGGACCGUGCCGAGAGGAUCCUUGGACGUCGCAACAACCCCGGCUUCGAAGCAGGCAGCAAAGAACCCGCCAAAGCAAUCCUGUACGUUGGCUGUCGCACAAAAGGCAAAGACGACAUCUACGCCACAGAGCUAGACGCCUGGGCCCACCUGGGGGCUGUCGAAGUAAGAUGGGCCUACAGUUGUCCAUCGUCCCCUGCUGAUCCCUCUGCCGGACCCUCCUCACCCGUUCUAGCCUCAAGCCCACAACGCUUGGCCGAAAGCUUGGACCGCCGCCAGCACGUCCAGGACCUGAUGGUAGCGCAGGGAGACGAAAUAUCUGAGCUGAUGGAUCACGGCGCGAGGGUCUACGUGUGUGGCGGUAUUGGGGUGGCCAAUGGCGUGCGCCAGGUUUUCAAGACCAUUUACCUGAAACGGGAACGAGACGCCGUCCGUCAAGCGAUGGAACGUGGCGAAAAUGUCACCACCGAGGCUGACGAGGACGCACUGGCCGAAGCAUACCUCGACGGUCUGAAAGUGAAGGAGAGGUAUGCGACGGACGUUUUCACUUGA